AUGCGGGUCGCCAUAAUAGGCGCAGGUCCUUCGGGACUCGUGACGCUCAAGUACCUCCUCGCCGCGAAGGACGCCUUGGGGGUAGAACCCGUCGAAGCCCGCGUCUUCGAGAGCGAAUCGGGAGUGGGAGGCACGUUUCUGGCGAGGACUUAUGAGGAUGCUGAGCUGGUAUCCUCGAGGCAGCUCACCAGCUUCUCGGAUUUCCGGUUCAACAGCGACGAGCCGGAUUUUGUUAGUGCAAAGCGGUACCUUCAGUAUCUCAACGAUUACUGCACUCACUUCAAACUAUGGCCGCACAUAACCCUUUCCUGUCCGGUCAAGAGCGUCCAGAGUCGAAAAGAGGGAGGCCACCUCGUGACAUACUCGUUGAGGGGACAGCAGCAUGUCUGGGAAUGCGACGCAGUGGCUGUCUGUUCCGGACUUCACGUCGAGCCUGAUAUCCCCCAUAUCGAAGGCAUUGAGAGAGUACCCGUGGUACUUCAUUCAUCGCAGUUGAAGAGGAGAGAUCAAUUCGGCGUCGGGAAGACUGUGCUUAUACUAGGGAGUGGUGAGACUGGGGCCGAUAUCUCAGUCCUUGCUGCCACUUCGCCAACUGAGCGGGUAGUAAUAUGCCAUAGGGAUGGGUUUCACUUCUCACCAAAGAGAAAUCCAAAUCCUAAAUUAAUAUUUACGCGGCAACGCAGCUCCCUGGACCGCCCUCAGGUACCAAUUGAUGUCUCCCGGGCAAGCCUUUUUGACACGGCGUAUGUACACCCCUGGCUAAGGAACAGCAACGCUCUAUGGAUGUACUACGACUGCUACGUCAGAUGGAUUCUCUGGAUUUCGUGGGGUACCACGGACGGAAUAGACCAGUGGAUAGGGGGAAAGCCUAGGGGGUGGUCUACUUCGGAGAUCUUUUUUAACAAAUCGGGCUACAAACUUAGCCCCUAUAUUGACGCGUCCUGGAAGGCCAAGGCGCCACAAGGAGUCCUGGACCGCAUCCGCUCGUGGAUAGUUCGAACGCCCAAUACGGAAGAAACCCGUCAAGGCCGACAAGUUGACGUGGCACCUUGGCCGGAGAGGAUAGACGAGACUGGUGCCGUCGUAUUCAGAGAGACCGACCGACCGGAGUACGCACGCAUGAAAAAGGAGUCUAUCAAGCCGGACGUGGUCGUCUUUUGCACCGGGUACACGCACCAUUACCCAUUUUUAGGUGAUCACAGACACGACCCGGGGUAUUACGAGGGCAAAUUGGUCCGGAAGAUAUGGCUUCGCGACGACCCGACCCUGGGUUUCAUCGGCUUCGUGAGGCCUAACCUAGGCGCGAUCCCACCGCUCACCGAGUUCCAAGCGCAGCUCUGGGUGCUCAACCUCCUGGCGCCGAGUCGGGUGGCGAGCCCGCUGCUCCCGGGCGACGAGUCGCACUACCAGCUUAUGCGGACGAGCCACGCGCGGAUCCGCUACGGCGUCGACCACGAGAGUUACGCGUACCAACUUGCGUUAGACGUGGGAUCCGCGCCGUCGUUUGCAGACGUCCUGCGUAUCGGUUACGCCAGUGGAAAUGGCGGCUGGUACAAGCUACCGCUCACGUGGGCGCUCAGCGCCAACUUCAACACGAAGUUCCGGCUCCUCGGGCCGUGGAAAUGGGAUGGUGCGGCCAACGUCAUGAAUACGGAGAUGUGGGACACCGUAGCUAGGAGGCAGAUGUUCUUCGGUCACUUUACCCUUUCGGUCGUUCCGAUGCUCAUUUUCGGACCGAUGAGUUGUAUCGUCUUCCUGUAUGCCUCGCUAUAUAACUUUGUUUGGAGCAUUUUUCGUAUAUUGGCAAUGGAAAGGUGGGAACAUGGUAAUAAUCCGGAAAGUAGUUCUCUCUUGUCUUGAGGGGUCUAGUAGUAAAACAAAAGAAAAUAGGGGUAAGGGUCUGGGAAUAGCCAACCCACAUUACUCUAAUCGAAAAAAAAAAAAAAGAAUCCUAGACAACAAUAUAAAGUGGGGUUCAACCAUUCAUUCU